UGAUUCAUGUCAUGUGGGUUUGUUUAUAUUUGUGAAGGGACAUAAAGAGACUAAUUUGAAACCAAGUAAAUGAAUAUAUGAUUAUACAACAGAGCAGCUUUAACAUUAUUUACUGUUACAAAUUAAUACGAUGGAUUAUUUUGGUAUUACCACAUGUUGCAAUUUACAGCGGCUACUAUUUCUAUUCUGACUUUACAUGAAGUCAAAACGACUGACAGAUCGAUGAGAUAUUGAGGAAAGUAAGCCAUAUUAAAUCUAGUGAGAAUGAGCAAAGUGUGCUGUGCACAAGUCACUUGUUACACAUAUUGGAAGAAGCAAACAGAAAUCCACUAGUAUUGUAAAAACUGAUGAAUUCCAAUAUUUUCAUGGUGCUUAUUCAGGUUCUGAGAGACUGACAUUCUUUUCAAGUGAUUGGAAUCACAUCACAAUGAAACACAUGGGUAGGUUGAUGGGAUUGGUACCGGUACAGAGGAAGAUAAAAAGACAUCAAUGUGGAUGUGGCCAAUUUUUUGGAGGCAUGUGGCUAAUAUUAUGUAUUUGACCAAUGUAAACUGCACUGACCAAUGCUGUAUGCACUGUAUGCUAAUCCAGAUACUAAUGAUUGCACACUGAUGGUUUCUUACAUGUAUAUGUAACUCAUGUUAUCUCUUAUAAGAUAUAUUUUUCAGUACUUCACUUGUGUCUACACGUACAGUAAGUUCAUUACUAAACAUCCAUGAGUGAAAAUACUACCUUCGGUUUUGAUUUUGUUAGCAUUAAUGGCACCUCUCUUCGACUCAACACCUCAUGUAGAAACAAUUUGGAUGAUGGGUGUGACACCUGCACACUCAUGUUUUCAGCAGAGUGGCAAGUUGUUUCGACAAUUCUCAUUGCACUCACCAUGUGUGUUAGCAUAGCAGGGAACAGUAUUGUUUGUGUUAUUGUAUGCCGUAAGCCAUCCAUGCGAUCAGCUAUUAAUUUGCUUCUUGCCAAUUUGGCUUUCAGUAACAUUUUAUUGUCAGUAUUUUGCAUGCCUUUUUCUAUUUUGCAACUUUUUACAUAUCAUGUGCCUGAAAAAUAUUAUAUUUAUCUUACUAUAGGGUUUCUUCAAACAUUAUGGGUCUCUGAAAGCAUGAGUGUACUUUUUGCAAUAAGUAUUGAUAGAUAUAUGAUUAUUGUGAGACGUAAGGAUCACCUGAAUCCAUACAGAGCUAAAGUCAUAAUAACAUUUACUUGGUGCUACUCUCUUAUCAUAAGCUUCCCACCUUUGGUUGGUUUUGGAAGGUAUAUUUUUCACGAGACUGACUAUUGUACUUCUGUAGAAAUAUAUGAUGCUAAAGAUAUUUUUUAUACAUUUUUGUUAAAUUUACUUGUAUUUAUUGUACCAACAUUCAUAAUGGCAUAUGCCUACUUCAGGAUUGUAAGAGCAGUACGACAAAAUCUGGCUAGGAUUCAAAGUCAGCCCAACCAUUCCUGUGAUAGCAUGGCAUCAAGAGGUUCCCCACAUGUGACACAGUUUGGUUCAACCACCAUUAAUAAGAUUUCUGUUGAUGUUAGCUUCAAAACAAGAGCUUUUAAGACGAUUCUUGUAUUGUAUGUUGUUUUUGUGAUUUGUUGGAUUCCUUACUCUAUAUCAAACAUUAUAUGGCAUUUUAUUCCAAAGGAACUUCAUGCUGGGAGCAUAAUUCUAUGGAUUGCCUACUUCAACUGUGCUCUGAACCCGGUGAUAUAUUGUCUGCGUAUCAAAAAAUUCAGAGAAGCAUGCCAGGACUUAUUGCCAAAUAUGAACUGUCCUGAUCUGCCCAAGUUGUCACGUAGGGCUCAGAGACGGAUCAAUCCUUCAGCCCUUUACAGGUACUCCCCAGACAUACAAAGUGGAAGUUACCCUGACAUUUGAUGACAUUUUCUAACUAUUUUAGAUAACUAAAGCUCUCAAGACCAAUGGAAUUUUACAGACAUCUUGAGAUAUAACAAUUGAUAUUUACAGGGGGGUCUAAAAAGAUGUUUCCAUUUUUGAUAAAGUAGAAUUUUCUACUGAAAACGGGAUC